AUGGGCCGCUUGGAGGGGAAAGUGAUUGUGUUGUCAGCCGCUGCGCAGGGAAUUGGACGUGCUGCUGCAAUAGCCUUUGCGAAGGAGGGGGCUCAUGUCACUGCAACAGAUAUCAAUGAGGAGAAGCUCAAGGAACUGGAUAGUAUUCAAGGGAUUAGAACCAAAGUGGUGGAUGUGACCAAAAAGGACCAAGUGGAGGCCCUGGCUAAGGAACAUGACCACAUUGAUGUUCUGUUCAAUGUUGCUGGGUUUGUACACCAUGGCUCAAUCUUGGACUGUGAUGAAGCUGACUGGGAUUUUACCAUGGACGUGAACAUCCGGAGCAUGUACCUUAUGUGCAGAGCCUUCCUUCCAAAGAUGUUGGUAAGAAAGUCUGGAAACAUCAUUAACAUGGCUUCAGUUGCAUCAAGCAUAAAAGGUGUGGUGAACCGGUGUGUGUAUAGCACUUCCAAGGCGGCCGUGAUUGGCCUCACCAAAUCGAUAGCGGCCGAUUUCAUUGAGCAAGGCAUUCGCUGCAAUUGUGUUUGCCCUGGUACUGUGGACACUCCAUCGCUGAGAGGUCGAAUCCAAGCUCAACCUGACCCAGAACAGGCUUAUAGGGAUUUCAUGGCCAGGCAGAAAACAGGCAGGAUGUGCACAGCUGAAGAGGUGGCAUACCUAUGUGUGUACCUAGCCUCAGAUGAGUCGGCAUAUGUAACUGGCACAGAGCAAAUCAUCGAUGGAGGUUGGAGGCUUUGA